CCUAUCCCAUCUUCUUCUUGGUAAAACAGAAUCAAUCUUGAAAAGAGAAUUCCAUCUCUCCAUCUCUUCUCCCUCUUCACCCUGUGUGGGUUAACUUAACAGAUACAUAGCAGUCCACUCCUCCUCUGUCUUCUCUCGUUCUUGGAAAGCUUCAAUCUCAUCCCUUGUUACUUGCUCUUUUUUUGUAGGCAGCUCUUUUUCCCAGCUCUUCCUCCCUGCCACCACUUGCCUUUCUCUCUCUCUUUCCUUCACUUUUUCUUUUUUGACGUGACCAGCGACAGGUUCAGAGCGAUAGCAGGCUGCCUGUCAAAGGAGGAGAGAUAAAGAGAGGGGGAGAGGAAGAGGAGAAGCCUGCUCUUUGAUCAAGUCUGUCAGCCCAAACAACCACAAAUACAGGCAGCAUGUCUACUCCCGUGUCCCCGCCCACCUCCCUCUCCCCCCUGACCCUGGCCUCCCCCGUGGCCACCCCUGGGGCCUCUCCCCUGCCCUCCCCCCUCACCCCCCCUCCCAGGGUGCCAGUGUUCCAGAGGAAGGGGGCGCUGAAACACAAGAGGAUCAUCGAGGUCAAGGACCACCAGUUCACCGCUCGCUUCUUCAAACAGCCCACCUUCUGCAGCCACUGCACUGACUUCAUCUGGGGAAUUGGAAAGCAGGGAUUUCAAUGUCAAGUGUGCAGUUUCUCUGUCCACAAGCGAUGUCACGAGUAUGUAACCUUCACCUGUCCUGGAGCCCCCACUGCUCCUACAGAAGACUUGAAGAGUAAACACAGAUUUCGACCUCAGACCUACACUUCUCCAACAUUCUGUGAUCACUGUGGUUCUCUGCUCUAUGGCCUUAUCCAACAGGGCAUGAAAUGCUCCUGUUGUGAGAUGAAUGUCCACAAGCGUUGUGAGAGCCUUGUGCCCAGCCUGUGUGGUCAAGAUCAUACAGAGAAGAGAGGCAGGAUCCACCUGACCGUCCGGGGAGAGAACGAGGACAUCUUCAUCACAGUGCGGGAGGCUCGUAACCUGAUCCCCAUGGACCCCAACGGUCUGUCUGACCCCUACGUGAAGCUCAAGCUAAUCCCUGACCCUAAGAGCCAGAGCAAACAGAAGACCAAGACUAUCCGCUCCACACUCAACCCCGUCUGGAACGAGAGCUUCACCUUCUCGGUGCGUGGGCGGCAGUGGGACCGGCGUCUGUCGGUGGAGGUGUGGGAUUGGGAUCGUACGUCUCGGAAUGACUUCAUGGGAUCGCUGUCGUUCGGAGUGAGCGAGAUAUUCCGUCACUCAGUUAGCGGCUGGUUCAAACUGCUGGAUCAGGAUGAGGGAGAGUACUACAACAUGCCUGUCCCUGACGAAAAUGAGCCUAGUGGUCUAGAUGCUAUUCCCCCCUCCCUUCUCCCCCCCUCCCUGAGGCCUGCCCCUGUGUCUGUGUCUGUCCCUGUCCCCGUGUCUGUCCUGUCCCCCUCAGCCCCGUCAGUCCCCUGUCUGGCCACCCUACCUGCAGGACCGGUCAAGCCCAGGGUUUGCCUCCAGGACUUCAACUUCCUCAUGGUGCUGGGAAAAGGCAGCUUCGGAAAGGUACUGCUGGCUGAGGAGAGAGGAAGUGAGCGGCUGUUUGCGGUGAAGGUGUUGAAGAAGGAUGUGCUGUUCCAGGAUGAGGACACAGAGAGUGCCAUGGUGGAGAGGAGGGUUCUGGGACUGGCCAACCGCCCCCACUUCCUCACAGCACUCUACUCAGCCUUCCAGACAGAGGACCGUCUCUACUAUGUGAUGGAGUAUGUCAACGGAGGAGACCUCAUGUUUCACAUCCAGAUAGUUGGCAAGUUCAAAGAGCCUCACGCAGCGUUCUAUGCAGCAGAGAUAGCCAUAGGCCUCUUCUUCCUCCAUACUAAAGGAAUCAUCUACAGGGAUCUGAAGCUGGAUAAUGUGUUGCUGGACAGUGAGGGUCAUAUAAAGAUAGCUGAUUUUGGGAUGUGCAGGGAGGGCAUGUUUGAAGGUGACACUACACGUACCUUCUGUGGGACCCCAGACUACAUCGCACCAGAGAUUGUAGCCUACCAGUCCUAUGGUAAGGCAGUUGACUGGUGGUCGUAUGGGGUGCUGCUCUAUGAGAUGUUGGCUGGACAGCCUCCCUUUGAUGGUGUUGAUGAGGAGGAGUUGUUUCAGUCCAUCAUGGAGCAGAGUGUCUCCUAUCCCAAGAGUCUGUCCCGUGAGGCCGUCGCCAUCUGCAAGGGGCUCCUGACCAAGCACCCAGCGAAGCGACUGGGCGGAGGGGAGGAGGGGGAGAAAGAGAUACGGGAGCAUCCCUUCUUCCGUUGGAUGGACUGGGACCGACUGGAGAGAAUGGAGAUACAGCCUCCCUUCAAACCCAGAACUGGUGGGAAGAAAGGGGAGAACUUUGACAAGUUCUUCACAGCGGCUCCGUCCGUGCUGACACCCUCUGACCCUGACGUUCUGGCGGCCAUUGACCAGGAAGACUUCCUGGGCUUCUCCUUCAUUAACCCUGAGCUCGCCCCCCCGACCCUCACUGCCAUCUGAGGGGGGGCAGCUCUCUGUAUUUUUAUCCUCUUCUCUUGGUCUGAAGGGAGCAGCUCUGUCUCUCUCUAUCCUCUCCGUCUAACAGUCUUUUUCUAAAGCAAAUUUCAAAACAGAGAAUAGCACACAAUUUAAACACAAACAAUCAGUAUACACAACCUACAGAUAACUCUCCCUCUGUGCUAUACUCUAGAGCCUGAGUUCAUGGCUUAUUUUUCAGAGGAAAAUCUGUGUGAUACAGGGAUGAAUGGGCAGAUUAGCGGUAAAAGUCAAAUAACACAUUUAGUUGAUGCAAUGCAUACAAAACAACAUUACUGUUAUUUAAAGAUGAUGCAGUUAAUUGCGAACAGAUACCGUAAGAUGACACUGAAUCUGACUUAAAUCUGUAGUGAUGUUAAGGUAAAUGUAUUUUAUGACAUGGUAUCAUGCUAUUGUAGUAUCAAUAUCAGAUCUAUUACAUAGAAAUACAGCUAGAGCUGUCUAUAUGCCAAAUGUAUAAUCUAUUACUUAUGAAAUGAAUUACCUCUGAUAUUAUGUAAAGCAGUAUUUCUUGUGUCAUGUAAUGUCAUAUUGUGUUCUAUUACAUUGUUCUAUUAUAUUAUUACCCAACAAUUG